AAUCAACAUCUCGAAUAGAUAAAUAUGGGAACCGCUGAACACAUUUUUAUUAUCUUGUUAUUGCAGCCCUUGUUGCCGCCUUUCCAUCCAUUGUGUGCGGGCGAAACGUUUAUUUUCACCAGUUAGUUCAUAGGGCCUUGGUUGGUUCUGUAUAUACCGUGAUUUUUACGCUGAUGGAUAUGUGUCUCUGAUUCUUGGCAUCUGAUACAGUAAGCUUCUCUUGCUUGAGAUCCAGAGAAGCAAAAUGGAGGUUGAAGAUGGAGAAAUCAUUGAGUCUGAGGAAGAACUCCUGAAGGAAGCACCUGAUACAUUAGAGGUUUACACAUGCUUGGAGCGUCCCGUGGCGCCACGGCCGCCGCCGAUCCAGCCGCCACCUCUCGUCAGUGACGACUCAGACUCACCGGCGGCCGCUGACUCGUCCGACUCUGACUCUGACUCUGGUGGCGGCCGGAAACGGGCGCGCCCGACUCCCGCCGCCGCCGCCGCCGGCGGUGACUCAAUGGACACGGGCCAUAACGCCGAGUUUGCGGAGGCGGCGCGGAAGUUCCAGGCGCGGCGCGCGCGUCUGGCUGUCUGGAGCUCCGUGCUAGCCGAGGACGGCAUCACGGAGGACCUGGCCGGCGGGCUCGGUCAGCUGCGCUCCGGGAAGCGCGUCGAGCGGGACGUGGAGUCGUACCAGCUGCCCGAGCUGCCGCCGCGGCCCGAGCGGCCAUCCGCCGACAACCCGCGCAAGAGGGGCUUCCAACAGGCGAGCCAGGGCUGGCGGAAGAAGAAGGUCGAGUCGGUGGUGCUGGAGCCGCUGGCCGUCACCGAGGACAGUCCCACGGAGCAGGUGGCUGCCGACAUCGCACUCAAGCUGCGUGAGGAGAAACCGGAGAUAAUCGCAAAUGUAGUGAAGAUCAUCGGUACAAAGAAAUCAAUCGAAUUGUUUGAAGAAACCAAGUCUGUUGAAGAGGGCGGUGGAAUGCUAGUCAAUAACUGGUCUCGGCGGCGCACGCCGGGCGGAGUGUUCAUCCAGCUGCUCAAGACGGACCCGGAGGUCACAGAGGAACAGGUACGGGACGUGUUCCGGGAGGACCGCCGGCAGCGCGACCGAGAGCGGAAGGUGGCCAAGCGGCGCCGGCAGCGCGCGCGGCUGGCCGCCGUGGCCGCCGCCGCCGGCGCCGACGGCUCGGGCCGCGAGUCAGGAGAGGCGAGCAGCGAGUCUGGCGACGAGGACUCUGACGCCGACUCGGAGGCGGCCCAGUCGGCCGGCAGUCGGUCCGAGCGGCUGGCCGCGGACGGAGCCGACGAUGAGCCACCGGCCGCCGAAAUGACGGAACUGGGAGACGGAGAUGAACUGGAGGUGCCCAAUGAGAUCAUUUUCGAGUGACGCCGGCCAGUGCGGCUGUGAGGGACGGGUGUGGCGAUCGGCCGCUGCAGUGUUGACGUGCCGAUCGCGUUAUGAUCAUUGCUCUUCUACAGGCAAGCUAGGUUGCAUUCAAGUGUAAAUCAGUGUCUACCUCGUCAUUGCAUUGUCCUUGCGUGCCAGGCAUGCGUUUCAAAUGCCACUUAGUGGUGUAACGUACGAUACGAUUGGCCAUUAUAUUAUGACCGAUGUCACCACAGAAUACAUCUCAUGACGUCAA